AUGAAGAAGAGCCGCAGCGUUCUGUCUGUGAAUAUAACAGGUGCUGCGGAGAAGGCGGAGUCAUCUCGCUACAGCCGAUCCUACACGUCCGGAGCCACACUUGGGGCUGAGCUUCGCAGAGGAAGGAGCAGAAGACUCUCGUCGAGUCUGCAGGUUCCCUGCUGGCUCCGCCCUCGAGACCGAACGCGUUCACCUGAGGUCCUGAGCAACGUGUCCCGUCCAACAACUCUUCCCCUCCGCAUCCCGCCACGCAUCUCCAUCACACAAGCAGACACUGACGGUUAUGAAGCAGAAAAUGGCGUGUCGCCAGGUCACACCCCUCUGGGUUCACAGAGUCCGGGCCUCACCCUGCACACCUCCUUGCCCCAGGGUCAGAGAAGAGAGUCCUUCCUCUACCGCUCAGACUCGGACUAUGACAUGUCGCCCAAGACGGUCUCACGUAACUCCCUCGUCAGCGAAGGGCACACGGGGGAGGACUUCAUUGUCACACCUUUUGCUCAAGUAUUGGCCAGUCUGCGAUCAGUGCGGAGCAACUUCACAAUUCUUGCCAACGUCUCUGCACCACAAGUCAAGAGGUCUCCUCUGGGGGGAGUGUGCCUCAGUCCCAGGGCGUCUCUGUCAGACCAGGAGUACCAGCAGCUGGCCCUGGACACACUGGAGGAGCUGGACUGGUGCUUGGACCAGCUGGAGACCAUUCAGACACACCGCUCCGUCAGCGAGAUGGCCUCCAACAAGUUUAAGAGGAUGCUAAACAGAGAGCUGUCCCACCUGUCAGAGAUGAGUCGCUCUGGUAACCAGGUGUCUGAAUACAUCUCCAGCACCUUCAUGGACAAGCAGAACGAUGUGGAAAUCCCGUCUCCUACCCUGAAAGACAAAUCGAUGAGUCACAUCAGCGGGGUGAGGAAACUGUCUCACAGCUCCAGCCUCUCCAGCUCUUCCAUGCCUCGCUUCGGCGUCAACACGGACCACGAGGAGGAGCUUGCCAAGGAGUUGGAGGAUCUGGACAAAUGGAGUUUUAACAUAUUCAGAGUAGCAGAAUUCGCCAACAGCAGGCCUCUAAGCUGCAUCAUGUACACCAUCUUCCAGGAGCGAGAGCUUUUGAAGACGUUUCGUAUCCCAGUCGACACGUUUGUCACGUAUGUGAUGACCCUGGAGGACCACUAUCAUGGAAAUGUAGCGUACCACAACAGCCUCCAUGCUGCCGAUGUCACCCAGUCCACACACGUCCUCCUGUCCACACCUGCUCUUGAUGCCGUCUUCACCGAUCUGGAGAUCCUCGCUGCUCUGUUCGCUGCAGCGAUCCACGAUGUAGACCACCCCGGAGUUUCAAAUCAGUUCCUCAUCAACACUAACUCUGAGCUGGCCCUCAUGUAUAACGAUGAGUCAGUUUUGGAGAACCACCACCUCGCUGUGGGCUUCAAGCUUCUUCACCAGGAAAACUGUGACAUCUUCCAGAACCUCACCAAGCGACAACGGCAGAGCCUUCGCAAGCUCGUCAUCGAUAUGGUGUUGGCCACAGACAUGUCCAAACACAUGACCCUACUGGCUGAUCUGAAGACCAUGGUGGAGACCAAGAAGGUGACCAGCUCCGGUGUGCUGCUCCUGGACCACUACACAGAACGGACACAGGUGCUGAGGAACAUGGUGCACUGUGCAGACCUGAGCAACCCCACCAAGACGUUGCCAUUAUACAGACAGUGGACGGAGAGGAUCAUGGAGGAGUUCUUCCGACAGGGAGACAAGGAGCGAGAGAGAGGGAUGGAGAUCAGUGCCAUGUGUGACAAACACACCGCCUCCGUGGAGAAGAGUCAAGUGGGUUUCAUCGACUACAUCGUCCACCCGCUGUGGGAGACGUGGGCCGACCUGGUGAACCCAGACGCCCAGGAGCUGCUGGACACGCUGGAGGAGAACAGGGAGUGGUAUCUGAACACUAUGCCCCAGUCUCCCUCGCCUCCUCCGGACAGACACCUGCAGCAUGACCGCUUCCAGUUCGAACUCACCCUGGAGGAGGAGGAGGAGGAGACUGGGGAAAGAGAGGGCGAAGAAGAAGAAGAAGAAGAAGAGGAGGAGGAGAAGGAGAACGCAGAAGAGGAGGAGGAAAACGGAGAGGAUCAAGUAGAAGAAGACCACGAAGGAAAGACAGAUGAAGUGAACGAUGCAGUGGAGGAAGAGGAGACUAAAGAAGAGGAGGAAGAGAAUGAGGAAGGAGAACAAGAGCAGGAAGAAGAAGUGGAAGGCAAUGAUGGUGCAGAAGAUGAGGAGGCAAAGACUGAGGAAGGUGAAGGGGAGGAAACUUUGGAAAAGGUAGAAAUGGAAUUAGAGGGAGAAAAAGAAAGUGAAGCAGAAGAAGAAAUCGAAAAUGAGGAGGCAGAAGUGGAGGAAAAAGAGGAAGGAGAGAUUGAGGACGAAGAAGAAGAAGAAGAGGAAGCAAAGACUGAGGAAAACGUAGAACAAGAGGAGGAUGAGACUGAGGAGAAAGUGGAGGAGGAGGCAGAAAUGGAGGACAAAGCUGAGGAGGAGGUCGUAGAAACAGAAGAUAUCGAAGAGGAGAAAGGAGAUUUAAAAAGAACACCCAGUAUUCAUCCCAUCACGACAGUUUCACCGCUACCAGACUGUGAGUUUGACUCCCGGGUGAAUCGUGCCAAACUGACCCACGACCAGCACUGA